AUGGGUCAGAGCUCCGGCAGCACGGCGACUGCCGUCCUGGGCCGGCUGAGAGGGCAGGACGACGAUGACUGCUGCGCUCCGGACAAGCACAAAGCCAAGCGUGCGCCACUCAAAAACACGCGAAUCGUGACCCGAUUCGAGGGCAGCGAAGGUGCGGACUCCGUCUUCGAGAUGGCCUUCGAUGUGGCGGAAGGAGCUACGGCUUACUCGCUGCUUCAGGAGCUGCAAGGCAAGCUCGCAGCAGAGCGUCCAGAGGCACCGCGAGUGAUUGGGCUGAGGGUCUUGCGCACAGCUCAGCAGGAGGCACAGGCGCUAAACCCUUCUGCAGUUGCUGCCGCCUGUGGGUCUCUAUGCGGCAAGGAAGCGUUGCAGGGAGAUGAGCUCAUCUUGGACUAUGACAUUCCCCUUGAGGAGGCGCUGGGGGACGGUGAGUGCUUCGAGGCCGUGUUCGAGGUUCCAGGAGACUCAACAACAUCUCGGGCAUCGGGGCACGCUGCUGCCAGCAAGGGCUUUGCGGAAGGGGCGCGCAACGCCAUCCAGGACUUCGACAUUGUGCGUGUAGUUGGAGUCGGUGGAUCGGGGCGCGUACUGCAGGCACGGCAUAAGCCGACGGGGAAGUUCCGAGCCGUGAAGGUCAUGAGCAAGGAGCGUCUGUUCCAGCAGGAGCAACGGCUUCAGCGGGUCAUCACAGAGAAGCGCAUUCUCGCGCGACUGCAGCAUCCGUUCGUCGUCUCUUUGCAUUGGGCGUUUCAAACCACCACACACCUCUUCCUGGUUCUCGACUUCUGCGGAGGUGGAGAGCUGUUUUUCCACAUGCUGCAUCGGGGCCGAUUCGAAGAUGCUGACGGCAAGUUCUACUUUUGUGAGAUCUUGCUGGGACUGGAGUACUUGCACUCCCAGCAGAUUUUAUAUCGCGAUCUCAAGCCAGAGAAUUGCUUGCUGGACGAUGAGGGCCACAUCCGGCUCACCGACUUUGGAUUGUCUAAGGACAACCUGACCAACUCCGCACUCUUCACCUCCUUUGUGGGAACUGCCGGCUACCUGAGUCCUGAGAUGGUUGCAAGACAAGGCCAUGGCCUCCCCCUGGACUACUACUGCCUUGGCUGUUUGCUGUACUGCCUUCUGACCGGAUCCCUGCCGCACUACGAGGGUGACUACAAGGCCAUGAUCCAGAAGCGGGUGAAGGGCGAGCCCGUCCAGUUUCCGCCUUGGGUAAGCCAGGAUGCACAGACUCUCCUGACGGGCUUGCUGCAGCCAGAUCCAGCAGAUCGCAUUGGCACCAAGCUCGGCGCAUUGGAGGUCAAAGAACAAGCUUGGGUCGGCGAGGUGGACUGGAACAAGGUCUACAGAAGAGUGCCACAAGAUUGCUUUCCGAACUUUCCGCCGGUGAAACCACAGCCCGACUGCAAAGCGAACUUCGCCUCCGAGUUCACGGCGCAGCCGGCCCCGGAUGACCUCCGGGGCUUCGAUAAAGAGGCUCAUCCGGCCUUGGAGGUGCUCCACGUCGAGGGCUUCUCGCAGGACGUGUCUGUCCUGCAGAACUUUGUGGCGGUGAAUGGCGGCCACGGCCAAAGUUGCCGGGGCAAGCAUGCCUUCGACAAGGAGGCGGCCUACUACACGGCCAGCGCGGCCGGCUCACUUGAGGAAUGCAAAGCUGCGUGCGUGCAGCAUCCGGCAUGCCAGGGUAUCAGUUUCGCCAGCUCUGGCAGCUGCGAAGUUUGGACACGACCGGAAGGAAUCGAGACCAGCGCCGAAGACGACGACUCGGUGUGCCUCAAGGUGCCCACAGAGACGACGACCUCCACAGCACUGCCUACAGAGCCAACCACGACAAGUGGCUCCAGGAAAGACUGGCAGGUCUUCUGGGGUAUGAACUGUUGGAAGCACCAUGGAGCGGACGAGUUUGACACCGACCCGCUGCUGGGGCAGUACACUCUGCAAGAGUGCCAGGAAGCCUGUCUCCAGGAGCCUGAAUGCCAAGGGGUCGUCAUGCCACAGGGCGAUGAACAUGCGCCCAAGAAGACGUGUUGGCUGCGGAAGAACGUGCGCAAAGAAAAGUGCCGGCAAGGCCACCCUUUCAACUUUUGGUUGCGGCCCGGAGUUCAGCUGCAACGCGCAGGUCCAACCAGCGAAGCCGCCUGCUGUGCGGCUUUCGAGUCGUGGCCGAACACCGACAAGGUGCAAUGCUCGGGAUGCAUGGCCCUGGUUGAAGCGGCCCCUUUCGGUGGCAGAUGCGACAAGUACUGCGAAAGCUUCGGCCACGUCUGUUACCAAGCAGCCGAAGAAGUCAAUGAAAACUGUGCCGUCAAGUUCACUUCCAGAUGCGAUGUGGCCAUCACUGGUACGAGCGAUAUGCUUUGCACUUGCCGCCAUCCGCAGUCGAUGGAUGAACCCAAGUGCGAUUGGCCGGAACCGGAGCCACUCCCUCCGACGCCGAGCCCCAAUGCGUGCUGCCGAAAUCCGAGCCAAUGGCCUUCCGUGGACAAUGGCGUCACAUGCGACGAUUGCAUGGCCCUCGUGGUGACCGCCCCCUAUGGUAACCGCUGCGACAAGUACUGUGAAAGUUUCGACCACGUAUGUGUAGCCGCGGCGGAGGAGCAGAACGAGAACUGUGCGAUACAGUACACUAAGCGCUGCGAUGAGCCCAUCGAGGGCACCUCGGACAUGUUGUGCAAAUGUGUCAAGAAGAACGCCCCGCCGUUUUGCCCGGCUCCUCCGGCGCCGCCUGCACCAACGCCCGAGCCGACGCCCUCUCCUGAUGCGAGAAUUCAGGUGGUUGGAAAGCAGUUGCUCGUUGACGGCAAGCCGCUCCACCUCAAGGGCGUAGCUUGGAAUCCCGUUCCCAAAGGUGGCCGGCACCCCCAAGACCUGGACUUUGCUCGCUUCGUGGAGGAGGAUUCGCAAAUUAUGCAGAGCAUGGGCAUCAAUGCCGUCCGCACAUACGAGCCCAUCACCGAGACAUGGAUCCUGGACACGCUUUGGAGCCGAGGCAUUUGGGUUGUGAACAGCGUUUACAACUGGGGCGGUGCCUCGGCGAGAGAUGCCGCAAAUCCCGUGAAGGCCGUGAAGGAUCAUCCUGCCAUCCUCAUGUGGUCCAUCGGAAAUGAGUGGAACUACAACGGCCUCUACGUGGGCAGCAGCUUCUUUGACUGUAUUGCCAAAAUCCGGGAUGUGGCGAAGGUGGUUCGGGAGUUCGACACGAGCCACCCCAUUUCCUCGAUCUACGGAGACACCGGAAAGUUGGAUCAGGCAUCUCAGGCACUUCCAGAGAUUGAUGUCUGGGGCAUCAACUCCUACCGCGGCAUCAGUUUCGGCGGCCUUUUCGAUGAGUUUGCCAGAAUUACCAACAAGCCCAUGUACUUGGGUGAGUAUGGUGCCGAUGCUUACAACGCCAAGAUCAACAGUGAGGACCGCGAGUCCCAGGCAAGGGCGACAAAAGAGCUGACGGAAGAAAUCCUCAGCAAAAGCUCGGUCUCGAACCGUGGCUCCUGUAUCGGCGGCUUUGUGUUCGAGUUCAAUGAUGAGUGGCACAAAGACAACGAUGGAAGCCCUGAUGAUCACGACACCGGUGGCGUGGCUCCCGGGGGUGGCCCCUACCCAGACAGGACGUUCAACGAGGACCCGGCAUUUCGGGAGCUUGCUUUUGGAAAGUCUUUCCCUUGGGGUCGAAAGCGACGAGUAUCAUGGAAACAGGAAUGUCUAAAACAUGCAAGUGUCUUCGAACAUCCGGUGGCAUGUUGUCUGUUUUUAUCUUACCUUGUUCGACCACGGCAAUUUAAGACAUAA